GCUCGCGCCCGGGGGGGCCUCAAUCUAGCCAGCCGCCCCCUGACUUCUACCUGCGCGUUCUCCCGACCGGAAGGACAGAGCAGGGAGCUGAGAGGGCCUGCGGCUCGAGCCUGCUCACAGAGAAGCCAACAUUCGUCGCCUGGCCGUGCCCCGGCCGGCCGUCGUCAUUCAGUUGUAAAGUUUGUGGGAAGAGAGACACUAAGGCCACGGCCUCCUCCCUCCCCCUCGGGGCCGCCGUGUCUUGUCUGGCCCUUCUCGCCGCUAUGUGGGAGGUGAGAAAUUGUACGGAGCAGGUGAAGGUGAGAGAAAUCCCUUCCACGCGAUUCGCCUUGGAACUUCACCAGCCUUACAAGGAAACUGAGAGAGAGAGAAGAGGUUGCACAAAGUGAUAAAGAACACCUGCUGUUGCAAAACGACUCUAGGCCGUCUAGCACCGAAAACCCUAAGCAAGAAGGUGAGAAAAGAGCUCAGCAGAGUAGACCAGAGGCAUCGCGCCAGCCAGCUCCGAAAGCAGAAGAAGGAGGCGGUUCUGGCAGAGAAGAGACAGCUGGGCAGCAAAGAUGGCCCUCCUCAUCAAGUACUGGUGGUGCCCCUGCACAACAGGAUUUCCCUGCCAGAGGCGUUUCGGCUGCUUCAAGAUACGGACAGUGGAAUAGUACAUUUUAAUGAACUGGGAAGCACCCAUAGCUUUAUGCUGCUAUGCCCUCGCUUGAAACAUCGAUGGUUUUUCACAUCUGCAAGGCCAGGGGAUCUGCACACUGUGUUAGACAUGGCUAAAGUAGCUGAUACCAUCCUGUUCCUCCUUGAUCCACUAGAAGGCUGGGACAGCACUGGGAAUUACUGCCUUUCCUGCCUCUUUGCUCAGGGACUUCCCACCUAUACACUAGCUGUCCAGGGGGUUUCUGGCCUCCCACUGAAGAAACAAAUAGAUGCCAGAAAAAAACUAAGUAAAGCCAUGGAAAAACGCUUUCCAGAUGACAAACUCUUCCUGUUAGACACUCGACAGGAGGCAGGGAUGCUGCUCAGGCAGUUGGCUAACCAAAAGCAACGGCAUCUUGCUUUUCGAGAUCGACGGGCCUACCUUUUUGCCCAUGCUGCUGAUUUUGUGCCUAAUGAAGAGAAUAAUUUGGUGGGCACCUUGAAAAUUUCAGGCUAUGUUCGUGGGCAGACUCUGAAUGUAAAUAGCUUGCUGCAUAUCAUUGGACAUGGCGAUUUCCAAAUGAAACAGAUAGAUGCCCCGCUGGACCCUUUCCCUUUAAAUCCUAGAGUAAUUAAAUCCCAGAAGGACCCAGGCAUGGAAAUGGAGAUUUGUGCUACGGAUGCUGUAGCUGCUAUGGAAGAAGACCUUAAGGUCCUAAUGAAGGCAGACCCUGAUAGACAGGAAUCCUUGCAAACGGAGGCUAUCCCAGAUCCAAUGGAGGGGGAGCAAACUUGGCCCACUGAGGAGGAGCUGAGUGAAGCAAAUGUGAAGGAAAGCUCCAAGGUGGUAAAGAAGGUCCCCAAAGGAACAUCCACUUACCAAGCUGAAUGGAUUUUGGAUGAAGACGGUGAAAGUGGUGGAGAAGAUGAUAAAUAUGAUGAUACAGAACAUGAGGAUUUUAUGGAAGAGGAAUCUCAGGAUGAGAGUAGUGAAGAGGAAGAAGAGGAGGAAUGUGAAACUAUGACUAUAGGGGAGUCUGUGCGUGAUGAUCUGUAUGAUGAGAAAGUAGAUGAAGAGGCUGAGGAAAAAAUGUUGGACAAAUACAAACAAGAAAGACUGGAAGAGAUGUUUCCAGAUGAAGUGGACACCCCCCGUGACAUGGCUGCUAGAAUCCGAUUUCAGAAAUACAGAGGCCUCAAGAGCUUCCGGACAUCUCCAUGGGAUCCUAAGGAAAACCUUCCUCCAGAUUACGCUCGGAUCUUUCAGUUUCAGAACUUUACUAAUACUAGGAAAAGCAUCUUUAAAGAGAUUGAGGAAAAAGAGGUUGAAGGAGCUGAGGUUGGCUGGUAUGUCACACUUCAUAUCUCUGAAAUCCCAGUCUCAGUGGUUGAAUGCUUCAGGCAAGGAGCACCCUUGAUUGCAUUUUCUUUACUACCUCAUGAACAGAAGAUGUCAGUUUUGAAUAUGGUGGUGAGACGGGACCCUGGCAACACUGAACCUGUGAAAGCCAAAGAGGAGCUGAUCUUCCACUGUGGAUUCAGGCGCUUCCGAGCCUCCCCUUUAUUCUCUCAGCACACUGCAGCGGACAAACAUAAAUUUCAGAGAUUCCUGACUGCUGAUGUGGCCCUAGUGGUGACAGUAUAUGCGCCAAUCACUUUUCCUCCUGCAUCUGUGCUGCUUUUCAAGCAGAAAAGCAACGGAAUGCACAACCUCAUUGCUACAGGCCAUCUGUUGUCAGUGGAUCCAGAUAGAAUGGUCAUCAAGAGAGUUGUUCUGAGCGGUCAUCCUUUCAAAAUUUUUACUAAGGUGGCAGUGGUACGUUAUAUGUUCUUCAACAGAGAGGAUGUGCUGUGGUUUAAACCAGUGGAACUGAGAACAAAGUGGGGCCGCAGAGGACACAUCAAGGAGCCUUUAGGUACCCAUGGCCACAUGAAGUGCAGCUUUGAUGGGAAGCUAAAAUCUCAGGACACAGUACUAAUGAAUCUCUAUAAACGAGUUUUCCCUAAAUGGACUUAUGAUCCAUAUGUACCAGAACCAGUACCUUGGGUGAAAAGUGAGAUUUCUUCAAUAAUGCCUGAAGUGGGCAUGGAGUGACAGAUUUAAAUAAAUUGUCUUGUUGGUGCCAGUUAGCAUUCUAGGGAUAGGAGCCUACAGGCUAUGAUUGGGCAGAGUUUGUUUUCUGCUUUAGCCUAUCAGUCUGCUGCCCUAUUUGCAAAAGACUUUGCUUGGCCUUGACACCAUGUCUCAGUGAAGUAUGGAAAUUUUUCUACUGCUUAGUCCAAAAAACUAUUAAAUCUUAACUGAAAUGUACACUCUCCAUUAAACAUUUGAAAACUUUUAAGAGGGAAAGAUGGAAAGUUGACAGUGACAAGGAAACAAAAUGUUCAAGUAUCUACAGACACUGAAUCUUUUCCUUUUGCAUAAAUUAAACAGAAACAGAUUGGAAAGGAGCUGGGUUUUCAGCCUGCUUUACCCAAGUUAGGGAGGUUAAGUCUACAUUUCCACCACUCAGUACAAUACAAAUGUUCUUUACUUCUGGGGAUACUGUUUGAAAAUGCUCAGACAGCACAGCAGCUACUCCAACACCAGCUGUAGGUUCAAUGAGUAGUUUCAUCCUCUCCCACACCAGCUGGGUUGCAUGCUGUUGGUACAGAGGGGAAUGAGAAUUAGUGAAAUGGGAGAAGGGGAGUUGAGCUGGUUUAAUUAUAAAGGCCAGAAGAGCAUAUACCUAUGGGUGCCUGCCAAGCCUUUUCUUUCAUCCUAACUCUGCUUCUACUGGCAAGAGGGUUCUCAUACAUCUAGAAUACCCUCCCACAUGUCAUGAAAUCACCUAGCCAAGUUACCAGGGCUCAGUUGCUACCAUAACAGAAGAUUCUUUUGCCCAAGGAGUUGUACCAUUCUUUUGUUAUUUCUUUUCCUGUUGGAGCCUUACCUUAAUUUCAUCCUCUGUGACAGUGAAGACAUCAUCUACAAGGUCCCUUAUAAUAGGCCAGGUGUUAAUGCCGAUGCUGGGUUUGACACCAUCUGCUAUGGUUUCUGGAGGAUAUGGGUUGGGGGUCAGUUCCCCUUUCAGUUUGGAUUGGUAGCAGUCGUCUGCAUUCAAGGGUUCAGCAGCAUAUACCUUUACACUAGGUCUCAGAGCCUGGGAAGAGGAAUAUUAGGACAACUUACAGCAAACCACGGUGUUGCCUGCACGUCUAAAAUAAAAUAGGCAGAACAGCUAAUAUACUUCUGCCCAAGUAAAAGCCUUUCCUUUGAUGGAUGUAAUGAGAAUAUGACCUUAAAGCACUUUACAAGUAAACUGUAUGUCUAAUACUGGCCUUCAGUUCCCUGGAUCACAUCUGGUCCCACUGGUUAUUUGGGAAAAGGGUAAUCCCUGGUGUGGAUGGUAGAUUGGUGAGAUGGAAUUCAGGGACAGGACUGUGAAGGUAUCACUCAUUGUAACUGCUUUUGUUCUAUAAAGUUGUCAUGGAUUAAGGAGAAAAUAGUGAGGCAGAGAAGGGCCUUCUAUCUCAAGUGCCAGGGGAUAAGAGGAAGGAAGGAAUGAUACUCUGGGGUGAAUGCUGAACAAGUAUCCACAAUGCACUAUGAUGUAAAAUAAAUCCUCUGAAGCAGAGAGUCCUCCAGCAGCUGUCUUCUCACCUUUACUGUAAUUGCUAUUCCAGCAACCAUUCCUCCUCCCCCUACAGGUACCACCAGUGCAUCCACCAAGGGAACCUUUAGUGAAAAGAAUAUAAAGUGUAAAUAGGCCUAUUAAUAAGUAGUUUUAUUUGUACAUAUAAAAUAAUUAAAUCUAGAGCCAAACAGCUUUACCAGUAGUUAAACAGGAAGAACUAGGCUGUUUUACCUGGUUCAGCACUUCUAGGGCAAUUGUUCCUUGCCCAGCUAUCACUGCAGGCUCCUGGUUGGGAUGUACCAUGAUGCUUUCUGUUUCUUCCAUAACUCUCUUUGUAACAUUUUCUCUGGACUGAAAGUACAUUAAUUUACCUUAGUUGAUUUGCAUUUAAUAAAGUUCCCAAAACAAA